UUACUAUUUAACAGAAUCAAAUUUCGUGAAAGGGCUGCUAAAAGAAGAAGAAAUACAGAAGAACAUUCCAUAAUGAAGUAAGCUUAAACAUCAGCAUGCCAUGGCUGAUUCAAUUCAUAUUCACCCUAUGAAUUCAUAUUCAAAAAGUCAAACACCCUUUUCCACGAUUACCAAGACCCAAUCAACUUCAAUGCGAUUACCCACCUGUAUAUAAAAUUCUCAUUUCUCCAUUUUCAUCUUCCUCAAAUUCUCCAUCGUAAAAAUGCAAUCUAACCCAUCAACAUCAUCCUUCUUGUUAUACCUUCUAUCGGAGCACCCCACGGUUGUCGGAUUCCGAUGGAGCCACGCCCAAUCUUGGGGAGCCACAUGGGUCUUCCUCUUCUCCUCCAUCGCCGUCUACUUCGCAGUCUCAGUCGUCCUCCACCUCCUCCUCCUCCUCUUCCGCCACCGCACCCGCCCAGUACCCCUCGGUCCCAUCCCUGCUCUCCACAGCCUCGUCAUGUCAAUCAUCUCCGCUACCAUACUCGCCGGUACAUUGACCUCCGCCGCAGCCGAGAUCCGAGACACGCGGUGGUUCUGGGGCCGCUCAAAAACCCCACUCCAAUGGCUUCUUUGCUUCCCACUCGGCACGCGCCCAUCAGGGCGCGUAUUCUUCUGGUCAUACGUCUUCUACCUGUCACGUUACCUUCACGUGAUCCGGACGUUCUUCACCAUCUUACGACGUCGUAGACUCUCGUUAUUCCAACUCUUCACUAAUUCCAUUCCAAUGGUUAUGUCGUUCCUAUGGUUGGAAUUCUCGCAAUCGUUUCAAGUACUGGAAAUCGUGUUCACCACAUUCACGUAUUCCAUAGUUUACGGGUACAGAUUAUGGACGGAAUUAGGAUUACCAACGGCGUCGUUUCCGCUAGUGGCCAACAUUCAGAUAAUCUUGUUGGGUUUGAAUUUGAUUUGCCAUUGUGGGGUUUUGUUCUUGCAAGUAUGGAAAGGUGGGUGCAAUGGAAUUGGGGCGUGGGUUUUCAAUUCCAUCCUCAAUGGUGCAUUCCUAUUCAUGUUCUUGAAUUCCUUCGUCAAAAUGCGUUGGAUUCGUAGGAAAGCUAUGGAAUCAUCGGCCACUAAUGGUAAACUUGAAUAAAGUAAUUAACUACGAUCAAAUGGCUUCAAUUCAAGCGUCGGUUUCUUGAGAUUGGAGCUGAUCCAGUUGACCCGAUUGUUAAUUAUCGCGGUUUAAUUCGACCCGUAUGAUCUAACAUUUGUAUGAUUUAUUAAUGUAUAGAUUAUUAUAUGAUGACACAUGUGGAAAAAUUAAUCUUUUGUAAUUUGUAUAGUUGACAGGUAGGAACUUAAUUUAUUGUUUGCAUCUUUUUUUACGUCAAACUAAGAGCAUGACAAUGUUGAUUUACUAAUAUUAUUUUGUAACAAUAAUUAUGGCAUACAACUUUCUUAUUUAA